AUGGUCCCUGCUUCAAAGUUCGUCAACUGGUACUACAGCCAAAUCAAUGAGGGAAAGGGCGUCAGCCAGUCCUACGUGACCAACAAUGACACCUACAAGAACGCCGGCCACCCCCCUGCCGACAUCUGCGUCAACGGCCUAGUCUGCCCCACCCCAGAAGACUGGGAGAAGAUUCUUGCCCAGCAGCGCGAAGCCCCCAAAGCCACCAACGACAAGAAACACGUCAGCUACGUCGUCGACACUUUUGAUGCGCACGUCAUCAACGCCGAUUACCGCUUUGGCGCCACUCAGAACCUGAUCGAUAUUCACGGGCCUAACGACGGCGUGAGGAUGAUGAUCAUGGUCAAUGUCUCUGGUACGGUCUACUUCGGAGUCAGCAAGAGGAGCAACGAGGAGUACUCGGUCAAGCAGCAUUUCAACGAUGUGUUUAUUCUGGUGCCGAACUGGGAUUCGCUGGCCAAGCAGUCGAAGUAUGGGAAGAGGUUUCUGAUUGCUAGCCAGACGUACAGGGCUUACUAG